AUGAGAAAAUUCACCGGUUUUCGUAAUUUUAAGAUCUACCUAAUAGGAAUUUUCUCUUUUUUGCUGGGUUGCAUGAUAACUAUAAACUUAACCCCCAUAGACAAAACAUGUAGGAUUGAAAAUACUGAUCGUGAACAUAACAUGAUGAAAAACUCGAAAUUAAAGGACCCCGAGCUUGUUGUAGUGAUUCUUUCAGCGCCUAAAAGCGCUAAGAGACGUUUAGUUUUAAGGGAAACUUGGUUGAAUUUAAGGAGCAGUCAAAAUGUUGAUUUUAAGAUCAAACACUUUUUUGCAGUUGGUGAUUUAGGUUUAAGUAAGAGUGCUAAAAAGGAUCUCAUAAAAGAACAAAAGAAAUAUAAUGAUGUUUUGAUAUUGCCUUUGUACGAUAGCUACAGUAAUUUAACAGAAAAAGUUGCAAAAACGUUUCACUGGCUCAACGAUCAAUAUGACUACGGUUUGGCGUAUAAAUUCGUGUUAAAAUGCGAUGACGAUUCGUUUGUAAGACUGGACACGCUCUCCGAUGAGAUUAUUAACGUUGAAAAUACAUAUCUUAAGUUGAAAGAGUUAAAUGGCGUUUCUGAUUACAUCAGGGUUAAUUUGCAGAGUAAUACUUUUGAUAAGAAUAGUAAUUUGUCCUUGUACUGGGGGUAUUUUAAUGGAAACGCUAAAAUAAAAUCAACAGGGAAGUGGAAGGAAAAUAACUGGAUUUUUUGUGAUAGAUAUCUGCCAUACGCAGUGGGUGGGGGAUACGUUUUAUCCAAGGAUUUAAUUACCUAUGUUGCCAAAAAUAUUGAAUACCUAAGAUUUUAUAAUUCUGAAGACAUUAGUGUUGGAUUGUGGUUUUCUUCAAUAAAUAAUAUCCUUAGAAUUCACGAUGUAAGGUUCGAUACUGAAUGGGCGUCAAGGGGUUGCCUAAAUCAACACAUUGUCACCCACAACAUAUCCGAGAGAGACAUGAAGAUGAUGUACGAAACCAUCAUAAACGAGAACCAGAUGUGUUCUAGCGAUAGCCCCAAAAGGAAUUCGUAUUUCUAUAAUUGGACUGCACCUCCUAGUCAGUGCUGUACAAAGUUAGUUUAA